GGGGGAUCCGGUGGGCGCGCCGGCGGACUUCAAAGGCCCCGGGGCCUCCGCGGCCCCCGCCCGCGCGCGCGAGUAGUACGGUCCGAGGGGGCGGCUCCUGGGGCGCGGCAGCGGCGGCUGCAGCUGCUGCGCGCCCGCCGGCGGGGAGGCGGGAUCCGGGGAUCCUUGAAGCCGGAGAUCCGCCAGAGACUCCGCCGCCGGGCGCCGCGGGGCCGGCACCCUGAGGCGGUUCCAGGAGAGGGGAAGACAUCUCCCCGGCUGGAGUCGCCCGGCACUGGGACUAGAGGGGGCGGUGGGGGCGCUGCCUGAGCGGUUCGCGGAAGGAGGACGACGACGACGAGGAGGAAGCGGCGCGGCGCUGCCCGGCGGCCGAGAGGAAGCGCCGCAGCCGGGCCCCCGACGGCGCGCGUCUAACCACAUCCGCGACCUCCGCUGCAAACGCUGCCUGUCACCGCUUCCCUCCAUUUUGGAAGGGAAAAAGGCUCUCCCCUUCCCCUCCUCUUAGGAGCCGGAGGCGGAGGUGGAGGGAUGGCGUUCAGCCCGUGGCAGAUCCUGUCCCCGGUGCAGUGGGCCAAGUGGACGUGGUCCGCCGUGCGCGGCGGGGGCGCCGGAGGGGACGAGGCCGGAGGGGCCGAGGGCGACCCAGAGGAGGAGGAUUCGCAAGCCGAGACCAAAUCGUUGAGUUUCAGCUCGGAUUCUGAAGGUAAUUUUGAGACCCCUGAAGCUGAGACUCCAAUCAGAUCACCUCUCAAGAAGUCACUAGGAUUGACAGGAUCUGGGCCCAAAACUCAAGAAUUAGAAGAAGCUGAUGAACAGCUGGUAGCAGAAGUGGUUGAAAAAUACUCACCUGAAACUUGUUCUAGACCAUCCAGAAAUGAGGCAUCACAGCCAACUCACUCAGUCAAGGAAAUCAAAGAAGAGCCUGAACAGGAUGUUAGCAAAAUUUUAGUCGUGAGGCCAUUUUCAAUAGAAACCAAGAACUCCACGGAUAUCCCUGUAGCUCUUGGAGCAAAAACGAUUUAUGGCUGUGUAGCUGCUAGCUCAGGUGAGGCUUUGCCCUCUUCCACAGCAGAACCCAUCCAGGACAAGGGAAUGAUAGAAGACACUAUGGGGGUCACACUAGAAGCUUCCACCGAGGCUGACCGAAAGGCUCACAACUCCUGUCCAGAGUCUGUGCCCAGCAGAAGCAAGCUAAGACAGCCCAAACCUGUUUCUCUGAGGAAGAAGGUGAUUUCCUGUGAGUUGCCAGAAACUGAAGUUGCUCUGGAGGACACUCUUCCUCAGGCAUCAUGUCAGCUCAGUGCUGAUGAAGUGGACGGGAACACACUUCCUUUGCUUGGAGGCCUCAAGAUCCCGACAUCUCCCCCUGACUUGAAGGAAGCAUCUAGCACUCCCAGUAGUGACACCAACGAUUCAGGUGUUGAGCUGUCAGAGGAGUCAAGGAGCUCACCCCUGAGACUUGAGUUUAACUGCACAGAAGGUGUGGAAAAUGUAGAGCCCAGGAAAGCCCUUCCAAGGAAGCUUGGCAGGAAACCGGGUAACAAAUCCAAAACACAAAAAGAUGGCCUCAGUAAGCCAGCAGACUCCCAAGGUACAGAUCAGCCACAAGCCCUGGCAGCAGAAGACUCUUCUUUCUCCAAAGCACCUUUGAAGCUGGAUCCCAGUCAGUGGGAUGACCCCACCUUCAACCCCUUUGGAAGCCACUCCACUCUGCAGAAUUCUCCACCCAUUUCCUCCAAAGGCUCCUAUCACUUUGACCCCGAUAACUCUGAUGAGUCCAUGGAUCCCUUUAAACCAACCACAGCUUUACCAAGCAGUGACUUUUGUUCUCCUGCUGCUAAUCAUGUUAAUGAAAUCUUAGAAUCACCCAAGAAGGCAAAGUCGCGUUUAAUAACGAGUGGCUGUAAGGUGAAGAAAUAUGAAACUCAGUCUCUGGCAUUGGAUGAGUGUUCUCAGGAUGAAGAAGCAGUAAUCUCCCAGAUUCCAGACAUUUCUAAUCGGGAUGGCCAUGCUACUGAUGAGGAGAAAUUGGCAUCCACGUCAUCUGGUCAAAAAUCAGCAGGGGCCGAGGUGAAAGGUGAGCCAGAGGAAGACGUGGAGUACUUUGAAUGUUCCAAUGUUCCUGUGUCUACCAUAACUCAUGCGUUUUCAUCCUCAGAAGCAGGUGUAGAGAAAGAGACCUGCCAGAAGAUGGAAAAAGAUGGACCUGCUUUGCCUGAACUAUUGGAGACCUCGAAAGAGAAGGCCCCUGUGUCUGUGGCUUGUGGAGGGGAGAGUCCUCUGGAUGGGAUCUGCCUCAGUGAAUCAGAUAAGACAGCUGUGCUCACCUUGAUAAGAGAGGAGAUAAUCACUAAGGAGAUUGAAGCAAAUGAAUGGAAGAAAAAAUACGAAGAAACCCGACAAGAAGUUUUGGAGAUGAGGAAAAUUGUGGCCGAAUAUGAAAAGACGAUUGCCCAAAUGAUUGAAGAUGAACAAAGGACAAACAUGACCUCCCAGAAGAGCUUCCAGCAGCUGACCAUGGAGAAGGAGCAGGCUCUGGCUGACCUUAACUCUGUGGAAAGGUCUCUUUCUGACCUCUUCAGGAGAUACGAGAACCUGAAAGGUGUUCUAGAAGGGUUCAAGAAGAAUGAAGAAGCCUUGAAAAAAUGUGCUCAGGAUUAUUUAGCCAGAGUUAAGCAAGAGGAACAACGGUAUCAGGCCUUGAAAAUCCACGCAGAAGAAAAGCUAGACAAAGCCAAUGAAGAGAUUGCUCAGGUUCGAACAAAAGCAAAGGCAGAGAGCGCGGCUCUUCAUGCUGGACUGCGGAAAGAGCAGAUGAAGGUGGAGUCCCUGGAAAGGACCCUUCAGCAGAAGAACCAAGAAAUCGAAGAACUGACAAAAAUCUGUGAUGAGCUUAUUGCAAAGCUGGGCAAGACUGACUGAGUUUCCCGUUAGCCCAGCAGAUCUGCAUUUGGCUGCUUCUAUGACCACAGUUAUCUUGCCUUAUCCAGGAAUAAUUGCCCCUUUGUAGAGAAAAAGAAAAAAAAAAAAGCACAUGUCUACUGCUGCCUGUCUUGCUUUGCUGCCGACCCAAGAGCCCUGGAAGAAAGAAAAAGAAAAGCUAGAAUUGCACAGUCACAAAAGGAAUGCCAUCCGACAGCCCUAGACUUCCACUGCUGUCGAGAGUUUAGUUGGACAGGCUGCUAAGUUUGGAUUCAUAAUUUCUUUAACUUUAGUUUUUAAGUCACCAUUACUUUUUCAAGUACAGACUACUUGUAAUUUUGUUGUCACUGUUAGAAGCCACCUCCUGUUUCAUCACCAGUCUGACAUGUUGUGACCUAUUUAUUUCAUGUUUUACAUUUAGUUUUGAAUACUCAUGAUUUUGUUUGAGGGGAAUGAUUUAGUCUAUUGUUACUUCUAUUUUAUAAGAGGGAACUUUUACCAGAAGGAACUUGGGAAUACCCAUUUAUACAUACAUAUACAUCCUUCUAUGCUGCUGUUUUUUUCCCAGAAACAUAGAUAAGAACUUCUCUACAGAAGAGCAUGUUGCCAUAAAUAUAAAAACCUAUCUUGAAAAAGGAUCCUUCUCAGGAUACCUACUUCAGAAUUUAGGGGAUUGGCAGUGGGAAGAUCACAGACUCAGAUUUCAUAUCUGGGGGAGAAUUUUUUCCCCUCUCUGUCUUUGCUGCCUCAAUGUUUAAACACCGUUAGGCUUUGGACAGUGAAGUGGCACCUUUGGGGUUAUUAUAAUGUGUCUUCUUUCUGUCUAGUAGCAUGGAACUAACUCCCUAAGCACUGGGAUUUAGUGAGUCUCGCCGAGUCACUUAGCAUCCUGUACUCCCAUUUGUUAACUACAAAAAUCAACAUUUACUCUUGAAGUACACACAGAUCUACUUGUAAAAUGUUUAGAUGCUCUUAAUUAAAAGGUCACUGUAACUACACUAGCAAUUGUGUUGUGAGGUAAGGGGAUAAUGGUAGUAUACAGUACCAUUCUUAAGAUGCUCUCUUUUUAAAAGUGAAAACCCCUCUCAGACUCACAAUAGUAGACUUUUUAACAGAACAGGCACUAAAAAUCAUGUGAACCACUUCAAAAUUCAGUAGUAUAUUUUGGAUAUGUUAGAAUAGAGACCAUUUGGAGAGGUGUAUUCACUAAACCAAAUUCCUCAAACUUUGCUGAACUAAGGUCAAUAACAGGGACAUUAACCCCAAUAUAAAACAUUUCCAUGUAAUGCCAAUGAAUUCUCUUCCAUUUGAUAGGCAAAACCAGACCCACACAAAUGACUUAAAACACUUUUUUGUCUUAAUUGUAUACCCUCAAAGUCUUCACGGUGAUGUGCACUAGAUUCAGAACAUGUAAGUUUCCAUACAUUUCUUGAAAGAUCUUUGCAUGACUCAACUUCAGCAAUGAAUUUUGCCUAGAGUAACCUUUAUAGGUCUUUACAGGUGAAUUUUUCUUUAGCAGUGUGUAUUACUCACAUGGGUGUAAUCUUUAGCCCCAGGAAGGUCAAAAUAAUGUCAAAGCCAGAUGUCACAUUUUGCCAGUAUGUGUUUAUUAUAAUUGGUGCUUAGGCUGUAUUUUAAAGCCUAUUAACAUUUUUGUACAAAAAAAAAGUGAAAUGAUCUGUGAUUAGAGAAGUAACUGGGACAAUCAUUUGAGCUUUGAAAGCAGUCACUAGUUGAAUGUGAAUGCUAUACUGUCAUCAAGAGUAUCAGUAUAUCCAAUUGAUAUAAGUGAUUUCCUCUUCUGGUCCUCUACUACUAAGGAAGUUACCUGAUUUUUGCAGAAAGAAAUGCUACUAAACCUUCUUGCUGUUGCGUUUUGACGACAUAACCUUGUUUACUUGUUUCAUAAAGCACGAAGGCCUUAUAGUGGUCUUCACUGUAAGUCAGCAGUCCUUUCCUUAGGCUCCUUGUGUAUUAACAACAACAAAAAAAGUAGUUAUGUAUUUUUUUUAGUAGUUAUGUAUUAAAACAGCUGAUGACAAUCCUCCCCUCUCAGCUAGGCAGAAGAGACUCCUUAUACACUAAAUCGUAGUCAGUGAAGUUGCUGUACUAGGUCUAUGAAAGGUUCCUCGUUAGUAGUGCCACUGGCCUCUCAGCCCUGAUAAUUCUGAGGAAAUGUUCUUUAUUCUGAUUUAAUGGCUGUCCUCUAGCAAACAGGAUUGCAGCUGUACAGCUGACAACACAAGGCAUAAUCAAGUAUAUGCAUGUCGAAAAUAUGUUUAGAACUUUGGAGAACAAUAGUGUAGAAAACGUGUGGGCCAAAUCACUUGUUGAUUGAGCAAUAACACACACACACACACACACACACACACACACACACACACAACAAAAAUGAAAAUGGUUAGAGGAAAGAAGCUGUUGGGUAAGAUAGUGGUUGAGAUCUAUUAGGCAGUGUUGUUGAUACUUAAGGAUUUGACUCUGCCAAAGUGUAGAGUAUUUAAGACAGAGGAUUUAAUGUAAGACAGACCUAACAGCUUCCCACUUGGUUGGCUAGUUGGUUACACUCAGACCUCCCAAGAUUUAACUUCAUUUGGAGAAGCUCCUAAAAGCCAGUGACCUGCACAAACCUUUUGUUCUAUUCAACUGCUCUGGAAAUACUGAGAAGCUCCUUUUUUUUUUUUUUCCCCGUUGAGUUUUAGCUUCUUCAGACCUAGCCCAAAUUAGGAAGAAGAGGAACACAUGAUAGUGAAAAACUGAGAAUUUGGCAGCCUUCCAGAAUGAUAUGGAAUCUAAGGGGAAAACUGAUAUAUCCUCUUGGAAGACUGCUCAAAUUAAAUUUUCUUUCCAGUCAGUUACCCUGUCUACCUGUCCCCACACUUGUGCACAUCUGAUACAGAUACUUUUUUUUAACAUCCCUAAGCUAAUACUGUCUAAAUAUAAAUAGCCCCGAUAUUCCUAGGCUAACAAAAAAAAUAAAGGAAACAAAAGACUUAGUGGCCACUGUCAAGUUCAGAACAGAUUUUGAAGAGCAAUCAAGUUUUGAUGUGUCCUGUGUCCACUCUUGGGAAUGAUACAGCAGCAUGUCUUCAGUGGAGUAAAAACUCCAUAGCUCUUCUUUUUCAGAUUUCUUUUUUGUUUUCACUAUAUUUAGUAGCCAUCCCAUGCCUUGUCUACAACUGUUGACUAUUAUUUUGUCACCGUCUUGAACCUGCUCCCAGACUUGGGUUUCUUCAUCCUUGUUGGGAAGGGAGAAACGAGGUGUUGAAAGAUGAAAUGAUUCAGGCAAAAGAUUUAAAGUAAAGAUGUAUAUAUUCUGAAGAAUUUAAAAGAUAGUAGAUUAUUAUUAGCUUAUUGAAGAACAAACACAGUCUGGGAAUCUCAGAGGGAAUUCCAGAAUGUCAAGCCAAAGGUCUAAGAGGUCAUCUACAUUUUUAAUAAGGAUGUUGUAUUUUGAGACUUGCGUCCUAAGCAGUUUGACUGGCCUCUAGAUUCUAGUGAUUUUUAAAAAGCAGUUUAUCACUUCAAAUCUUGAGUCUCCUGCAUAUAGUCAAGGUAGAACAGUUAGUAGAUAACUCUUGCUAUGUUUCUCCUCUGGAAAAUGAUAUAUACAACAGCAUUUCCAGUGAAGACCACUCCGGUGCCCAGAGCUGGCAUUCUGGAGACUAAAGAUUGCACUUUUCAUAGUUCUUCAUCCAAAUGUAAUCCCAUUUCUGUGCCUCUUCGCAUGCAGUUGGAUUUGGGCAAGCAAAAUUCCUAAGGAAUGACUCUUAACUAUAAUAUGGUUAUAGCUAUUACAUACACAUAUAUUCUGGUUUUAGCUCUAAUAUGGAGAUGUGGCAUUGUUGGCCUAUUGCAGUCUGUAUGAUGCUUUAAGUCCUUUGAAGGAGGCCAGGUAUGGGGCUGAGGUGUGGGUGGAACUCUCCCUAUACCCUGUUAGAAGUGUAAAGAUGCCACUUACUCCCAUUCUGCCUUUUUGUGGUAUCUGAAAAUUAAUACUCUGAAAAGUAUUUCCCAGUCAGGUUAACUUUUUUUUUUUAAGGAUUGAUUUUAUAUGAGAAAUUUACACGUAAGAAGCCAGAGCACUACUCCAAUACAUGGGAUAUCAGGGAUUGAAUUCACCUUAGGCAUGCAAUUCUGUGCUCUGCCAGUUGAGCGAUCUCCCUGGCUUAAUGGUUUAUGAAUUUUGCAAACAGGCAAAUGAAAAUAUUUGAUUUCUGAAACCAACCCCAGUAUAGGGCUGGCCAUCUGUAGGUCACCACACCCCAUCUUCAGCCUGGUACCUUCUCUGUCCAACGGGCGGGAUUCAGGCUUUUUUUUUUUUUUUUUUAAAUAUCAAGAGGUAGCAGUAAGCUUUUCAGUGUUGCUGUUAACAAGUGUGUUAGCCAACAGAUACCCAUUUGUACUGACAUGCCAACCAGUAGAUGUUAAUUGCACAUCUUCCACUGUGUUCCAACGGGUGCCAUGAAGUGUGUGAAGAGCCCCUUGUCUAGGGGUGUGAAAGCUGCAUUGACUACUGCUGUCAGCAUUGUGUCGUGGAAAUAAUCAUCAACAUGAAUUUUAUAUGCACAGUAAUUUCCCUUUUAUAUAUGUCAGGUAAAUAUUUGUAAAAGUUAUACUCACAAAUGAAAUUAUUAUAAUGAUUACUAAUAUAUUUUUUCCAUGUUUCAUUGCCUGAAUAAAAACUGUUUAGCACUGUUA